AUGGAGAGAAGCAGGCGGCUGUGGCUGUAUGUGCUGACCUGUGCCCUGUCUCUUCUCAUCGGCCUGGAGACCCUGGCUGAGUCUUACCCAACCAAACCGGACAGUCCAGGACAGGACUCCCCUCCAGAGGACUUGGCCAGAUACUACUCAGCUCUUCGCCACUACAUUAACCUCAUCACCCGACAGAGAUAUGGAAAGCGAUCCAGCCCAGAGACCCUGAUCUCAGAUCUCUUGUUGAGAGAAAGCACAGAAAACCUUCCUAGAUCCAGGUUUGAGGAUCCUUCCAUGUGGCGAUGAGAAUUCCG